CGUGAGCAGCCAACAGCGGUUGGGUUAGUGGGAAGCAGGGACCUGAAGAGAAUGUAACAAUGGAGUUGCCUCCUCCGGGAAUCCGGAGGGUUUCCAUCAGUAACCCUCAAGAGACACCGCGCAGGUUUUCCACCUCCCCAGGGCUGAUGCGCCACCGCCCUUCCAUGGCCCCCUCCUCGAUCACCUCGAAGCCCUCCACCCCGAUCACCUCGAAGCGCUCCACCCCGGGCAGCGUAAGGCCCCAGUCCCUGCUGCCCAACCCCAUUUUCCAGAAGAGCUCCCUUAGCCCUCCAGACCCCGCGCUUCGCAGAGUAUCCAAUGUCUCUUCAGUGCGAUAUGCUAACGAACAAGGCAAGCCACCCCCGGUCAUGGCAACAGAUAAAGAGAAGGACAAGAACAAGAGCAAGAGCACGGGGACUCGGCUGCUGAACAUCCUAAGAAAAACUCUUAAAGGGUCUCAGAGUGAAGAAAUGAUAGAAACCCAUGAAACACCAAAUUUGAUACCAUUUGGAGAUGUGGUCGGCUGCCUGGCUGUUCACAUAAAGAGUUGUAGACAGUUUUCUCACAGGUUCAUUGUACAACAGCAUGUUAAUCUGUUCAUUCGUAUCUCUAUAAACCACAUCGUGAAAUGCACAAAACUUCGGAACUUGAGACCUGUUAACAAUGAAAGGAACCUUGUACUUAGGUUUGAUGAAGUGAAGUAUUUUUCUGUACAGGUUCCCAGACGUCAAGAUGAUGAGCGGAAUAAUAUCUUCUUGGAACUAAUGCAAGAUGGAGGAGAUACAGGAAAACCUUCACUUUUCUUAGGCAGUGUUGAAUCACACCUUUAUGAAGUAAUACAAAAAGGCUGCUUUACCGAAGUAUUACAAAUGAAGCACAGAACCUCCACUAUCUGCAGGGCGGAAGUCGAGUUCAUGUUUUCCUAUGGAACAUUCGGUUAUGGAUUUUCACAUCAGUUAAAACCUCUUCAAAAAAUCAUUGAACCCUCUAUGUUCAUGAAGAUUGCACCUCCUCCAGACAGAACAGAUCCUGUCACAAAUGUUAUUACACCACAACGAGUAGAAUACCCAGCAUUCUUAUCUCCAGAGCUUAAAGUUAGCAUUGGGGCUGUUGAUGCCAGCCAGACAGUGCGACUUGAAAAACUCCAAGAGAAACCCCGGGAAAGGUUGGAAAAAAUGAAAACAGAGUAUAGACAUCUGAACACAUGGAUAGAAAAAGCUGAGUAUUUAAGAAAUCUUAUCACUCCAAAAGAGGUUUACAAAUGUUCUGAGUUUAUGAACAAAGAAAAAGGUGAUAAGGAAAGCCUGGUAAUACCAGUUUUGAAAGUGUUGGACCAAGAUCUCUCAGAGCAUUCUCUUCAUGUAAGCCCUGGCUCAACGCCAGAAGACACUCUGCUGCCCCCUAUUACCACCACGCAGAUAACAGAAGAAGAUGAAGUCCAGCAUUUGCAAGUACCUCCUGAGAAGGAAGACAAGCCACAUGAAGAGAGGAGAAGUGUAGCAUUCCCACCGGAUGAAGAACUAAUCCCCAAACGUCCAAGCAUUUUAAGAAUAGUCUCAGCUCUACAGGAGGAAAAACAAAAGAAGGAAAAAUUUCCUCAUUUUUCAAAUGUGUUAGUAAUACCUGAUAAGCCCUUAGGACAUGAAAAUAAAAAUCAAAAAGGGAAACCUUCCAUCCAGCUAAGGACAUCUUGGGAAAGACAGCCUACUGACGUUUCCAGUCGUCUCCGAAAGGUGGCUUUUGCACAAAAAGAGUAUACUAUACCAGUUUUCAGAACAGAAUAUACAGAAUUCAAACCAAAACAUCCGAAACUCAGCAAGGGUGGUCUUGAUCCUUUUCUAAGGAACAUAAACAGCAAAAUGUCAUUCAGAAAGAAGAAAGACCAAGAUGCAUACAUAUAUCCAAGCACUUUAAGUACAGAGGUUGCAGAGCAUGAAGAUCAAGACCCUCCUUACCCAGAACAUUCAAGGUUUGUAGGAUCUAAUACAACCUGGGCUGAAGAUCCUAACCUCAUCACAAUCCACAUGGUAAACAAGAAUAACUUGCCUCCUGACCAUACUACCACCACCACAAUGACUUCAGACAGGAAGAACAAGUUGCCACAUGAUCCAACUCUCAACACAACAAACACUUCAAAUACAAAGAGUAUAUUUGCAAGUGGUAAUCCUGUUAUUACCAUCACAAAGGUUUCAGAUUGUAAUUAUAAACUGUCAACUGACCCUAGUUUCAACACAACAAAGCCUUCAGAUAUGAGGCUAUCCAAUGAUUCUAGUUCCAAUACAGUAAAGCCUCCAGAUAUGAUGCUGCCCGGUGAUUCUAGUUCCCAAAUAACAAAGCCUUCAGAUACAAGGCUAUCCAGUGACUCUAGUUCCCAUACAGCAAAGCCUUCAGAUACAAGGCUAUCCAGUGGCUCUAGUUCUAAUACAGCAAAGCCUUCAGAAAUAAGGCUAUCCAGUGGCCCUAGUUCUAAUACAGCAAAGCCUUCAGAAAUAAGGCUAUCCAGUGGCCCUAGUUCUAAUACAGCAAAGCCUUCAGAAAUGAGGCUAUCCAGUGGCUCUAGUUCUAAUACAGCAAAGCCAUCAGAAAUGAGGCUAUCCAGUGGCCCUAGUUCUAAUACAGCAAAGCCUUCAGAAAUGAGGCUAUCCAGUGGCUCUAGUUCUAAUACAGCAAAGCCUUCAGAAAUGAGGCUAUCCAGUGGCCCUAGUUCUAAUACAGCAAAGCCUUCAGAUAUGAGGCUAUCCAAUGGCUCCAGUUCCCAUACAACAAAGCCUUUGGAUACCAGGCUAUCCAGUGGCUCCAGUUCCCAUACAACAAAGCCUUCAGAUACAAGGCUAUCCAGUGGCCCUAAUUCCCAUACAACAAAGCCUUCAGAUACAAAGCUGUCCAGUGGUCCUAGUUCUCAUACAACAAAGCCUCCAGAUAUGAAGCUAUCCAGUGGCCCUAGUUCCCAUACAACAAAGUCUUCAGAUAUGAAGCUAUCCAGUGGCCCUAGUUCCCAUACAACAAAGCCUUCAGAUAUUAGGUUAUCCAGUGUCCUUAGUUCCCAUACAACAAAGCCUUUGGAUACAAGACUAUCCAGUGGCUCCAGCUCCAAUUCAACAAAGCCUUCAGAUAUGAAGCUAUCCAGUGGCCCUUGUUCCAAUUCAACAAAGCCUUCAGGCACUAAUAUGUUGUCCCAUAAUCCUAGUAUCAAUGGAAAUAAAUCUUCAGAUCUUACUAAGCUGUCCCAUGAUCCUAGUACCAUUUCAACAAAGUCUUCAGAUGCUAAGAAUAAGUUGUCACAUGAUCCUAGUAUCAUUUCAACGAAGUCUUUAGAUAGUAAGACUAAAUUUCCAAGUAGUAAUCCUACUGUCAAUUCAGGUCCUACUACCAACAGAGCAAACACUCCAGCCUCGAGGGAUACAACAGUACUUGGUCCUGCUCUCUUCACAGAAGACUCUUCAGAUAUACAGCGUGACUUAGAAAAACAGCUACCAAAUGUAUCUUUACCAAGCUACCAAGGAAAAUCAAUGACUGGAAAUGUAGACCUAUUUCACCCCUCGAGCUCAAUAAAUUUUGCCACUGAUAUUGAACAUUUAAAACAGUCAAUAGCACUCAAAUCAAUUUUAAGUAAAAAUCUGCAAGACCUUUCAGAUGAGUUAUUUUCUAAAGCAGAAGUCUGCACAAACACUGAGCUGUCAGGUGGGACGCAAGACAGAGUGUUUGAAAAAGUCCAAGAUAUAAACAGCUGGCUUUCACCAAAAGACAUUCUGAAUUCACAGGCUCUUUUAAGUCCUGUGAUUAAAAGUGUUCCUCAAGACUUACUUCCAGAAGGUGGGCCAGGAACAUCUUCAGACAUAGAAGAUGUCUCUGACAGACUUUUAGAGGCUGCUGAAACACGUCUCCCAAUGAACAGAAAGAGUAGUUUCAAAACAAAACAUUUAGUAAGUGAAAUACCAGGGUCCAGUUCAGGUUUAAAUGGUAGUGCAUGUGACUAUGUUAUUAAGCAAAUAUUCACUGCACCCACCCUCUCACAGCUGGAGACAGGAAUUACGGCACUGAGUGAGGCACAGAUGGCCUUACAAGAGCAGCUGUUCACAUCUUUGGAAAGAAGUGCAUCUUCACAGAUUCUUAACUAUGAAGAAAAAGGCAAGGAAGUUCCUUUGUCACGGUCCAAAUCUGAUAUAAGCAAAAUAAUGCAAUCAUUUCCUGUAGAAACUCUCUUAGAAUCUGGAAUAAUCAAAGUGAUAGAACUAGAUAAAGAAAACCAGAGCUCUUUGUUGAACAUACAGACAGCCUCUCCUGAGGAGAAUCUGCAGAAUCCCACAGACCAGCACCAUAAUGUCACAAACCAAACAAAAGUGCUUGCAAGACAGAGUACAGCUAACCCUAACCCCACUGUCACCUUUGUGAGUGGAGCUGAUUACACAGAAGACAGACAAGGUAUGUUAGCACAAGAGGCAAAAUACCCAAGGGCAGACAAAAAGUCAGACUUACCAAAAGAAUACCAGAGUCUGGACACAGAGGAGGCUGGGCCAAGUUCUAGCUUAGAGACUCUAAGUAGCUUACUGGGCAAACUUAAAGAUACCGACACAGUGAUGCUAAAAUCCUUCCUAAAAAAAAUCUUCAGUGUUUUCUUCAAGCCAGAAAGAAGAGAACACCCAGAAAAAGAGCUUGACAGACUCAUACAACACUCUUCACUACGUGGUGGUGUGGAACACCCAGAAAAAAGUCAGGAGAAUCUUAAUAAGGCAGACAAAGUAGACAGGAAGCCCAUUUUGGAUCCGAAGUUGUGUGUGUUUCUAGAAAAACUCUCAGAGUCAGAAGUAAAAAAUCUGAAGUCUGAGUUAAGUAAGCACAUUCAGCGUUACCUUAUAGAAAAGCUCUCAGAGGCCGGCCACAUCACCAAGGAGGACUUACCAAAAAUCUACCGAAACCUCUAUCAGAUGAAUGAGAAAGAGGAACUAAAGGAGCAGAGCCCUUUUCAGGACAAGUAUUCAGAAACUGUCAAGGAAAUCAUGUCUUUUGUAAAUAAUUUUAAUCAUCAUUUCAUAGAUAAACAUUUAGAAAUAAAGCUUAGAUCUUUUCUAAAUGAAAUUCUCCAAAAUUAUUUCCUGAAGAAUCUUUCAGAGAGCAGUUUAUUUAACGAGACAGCUGGUGGAGCUCUAUGUACCAGCAUGUCAUCUCUGAGAAGUAAAAGCACCCAGGGGUCUUUGCAUGGGCUGGCCCAAGACAUUUCCAGUGGGAGUUUUGGUUCAAGGCUUAAAAUAAACAUGAACUACCCUUUAAAUGAAUCUCUACAAAAUUGUCUUAAAGUUUUAUCAGAAAGUGAAUUACUAAGUCUAAAAUCUGACUUGAGCAAAUAUGUCCAGGUCCUCUUUAUAGAAAAACUCCAUAAAUCAGGACUAAUGACAGAAAGACAGCUCAAGGGGAUCAGCCAGCAAGUUAACUCACUUACUCCACCUCCCAUGCCAUUAAAAUGCAUAAAACCAGAUUUACCUUUUAGAGAUGAGAGUUACUUUAUGAGGGAGGAUUCAGAAGAGCAAAUGAAAUAUCCGAAAACUGGUCAAAAUACCACUUUACAAAUAUAUCUUGAAGAUAUCCGAGGAGAAGCAGAACUGGCCAGAAAGCAAGAAAGGGGAAUGUCUUUCCCACACAACUUAAAAGAAAAUCCACCAACAAUUUGGGACCAUAAACAUGUCUAUAGUAGGGAAGUUAAAACACUAAAUUUAAUAAAAGUACAACCUCCUCCCAACAAAAAUAUCCAGGCAAACCCAUUAAAUAAGUUGCCGGAAAGACCUGCAGAUUUAUUACUUAAGAAACAUAAGAAAGAUCAUGGUUUCAUGCAACUUCCUCAAGCAGAAACCUCUACUUACAAAACAGAGAUUCAAGAGCCAUAUAGUUGGGAUGGUAGAUCAAAAACAGUUCAAUCUAAACCUUGCUUUGAAAAGACACUAAAAGUGAAGCUACUUGACAAGAGAGAGAACAAUAACAUUUGUAAAUUGACUGUUCAGGAAAAACCCGAUACAGUAUUUUCACCUUAUCUAAAACUUCCUACCUGCAAAAUGUCAAGAGAAAAUGAACACUUAAACAGACUCUCCUUCCCUACCUGGCGGGCUAACACUUUCAUAUAUGUUAACACAGAGAAUGGGGAACAGUCCAAAUUAGAUCAGUAUUGUCAGAGAUGGAAAGGAAGUAACAAUAACAACAAGAAACACUUGGUAACAUUUGCACAAUUCAAAAACGAAAUGGAAACUCUUUAUAUAAACCCAUAUGAAACUUGCAACGAAAGAUAUGUCAGGAUCUCUGACCCACAGUCAUUUAAACAUAAAGAAAAUGAGAAAAACUCAAGAUCAUUCUUCUUCCCGGAAGUACUGAAGAGAGAAAACAUGAAAUCCAAAAGAAAAGAAAGAGAUUAUACCGUCAAACCAAAGAAGUCAUUUCACAAGAUAGUUAGGAUACUACCAGCGACUCUGCCCCCUACAAGGCCUCAUCUCCGGAAAUCUGUUCCAAGAACUUUACUUCACUGGACUGCAAGGAGAACUAUACAUGAUUGUUUGGAUAGAUACGAAGAUUUACAUGUACCCUCAGUUAAGCCUCCUAAAAACUCAAAAUCAAGAGCAAGACUUUUAGGCAAGAGUCCAGAUGAGUCCCAUAAUCGAAUAAAACACUGUGCACGACCGUACACUGCUCCAGAGCCUAACAAAAGAAGAGACAGUGUCGCUGGGAAAUUUGCAAGUCCUCGGAUGGUUUCAGCAAGCUUAGUUCAUAUACACGAUACCACCCCAGAGUAUGAGAUACAUAAAAUUCGGUCCAAAAGGAAAUUAAAAGAAAAUAUUGAAAAACAUCCACUCAUUUGUGAUAUUAUCCGGAUGCUAGACACUGCAGAAUGAUAUGUUGAGGCCACCAGUCAGAAUAUAAUUUCUCCAUUAACAAAAUGGUUUGAAGAUCUAUCUUUGUGUGUGAUACAAGUCAGCAACUGAGUUUCAUCUUGUUAGACCAUUUUGUUAUUAUUAAAAUGAAAAAUAAACACA